AUGCAUGAUGGCAAGGAAUGUGUUCAUGAUUACAACGACCACGAGAUCUCUGUCAAGAAAAUAGGCGCAUUGGAGCCUACUUCCCAAAACGAGGUUAUAGGCUGUCCUCCGGGGCAGAGCAGACUCCGUCGAGGACAGGAGUUACAAGGGAUGAAAUUGAAGACUGGGGAGACCAGGCCAAUGAACACGGACAAGACAGUCGUUCUGUUGCGAGAAAUUUUGGUUGUUUCACAAGAGGGGCUUGAGAGCCUUUCAAUUACCGGUCGUCUCAGAGGAAGCCCACAGUACACAUCCUCACAGCGCCACCUAAUGGAUGGCCUCUCUAAGGCGCGUGCGUUCUUGUCGACAUGGAGCAAGAGCGGGGAGGCAGAAUGCCGCAAGUUUGUGGCGUCCCUCCACUCCAACUUUUCUAGCCCAACAUCCGUCGAUGUCCUGACUACGACCUAUCACGCCUUGCUCUGUGCCGCUUUGACCACUUGGUCUCCAGAGCACCCCUUAUCCUCGAGCGCUUUCGUGACAUUCGUCCAAUCAGUCUUGCACGAGCUACCGUCGUCAUCGCAGGAUGCCAUGGUCUCCCCUUCGACUGCACAAGCGCUCGGGGAAGUGUUGAUAGAUAUCAUCUGGUCAAUAGACUCACAACUGGAAGAAAUAUUGAUGGAUGCAAAAUCUGCUGCGACAGUUGAGCAGAUGGGAAACGCGAGCGACACGUCCCCUGUUAUGAAGUCCAAAAAGACCGCUGAGAAAGACAAAGAAGUCCUGGUGGAUGUUGUGAGACAGAUGCUGAACACUGGAAUUCUGGACCCGGUUCUCUGUCGAGAGCGCUUGGACAUGGUGCUUGUCUCAAAUGUGGGCCUUGUCUCGGACAAAAGUGUCUUCGACAAGAAGGAGAUCCGUAUGAGGACCGCUCUUUUCUACAAGCAAAACAAGUUCAAUCUGCUUCGAGAACAGUCGGAAGGCUUUUCAAAGCUCAUCACCGAAAUCACCAGCGCUCUUCCUCCCCCCCAUUCUUCAACUACUGGCCUCCCGGGCGAAUCUUGGCCGGCAAUUGCUGAACACGCACGGCCUGUUUGGGAACGGGUUGUCAGUUUGAUUGGGCAUUUUGAUCUGGAUCCUAAUAGAGCCCUGGAUCUCAUAUUGGAUCAAUUCACAGUCCAUCUGGCGACGCACUGGAGUUUUUUCUUGGUGCUCUUGAGCCUUUCGCCGUGGGGAGGUGAGAGCUCGAUGCUCGAUGAUACUUCAGAGGACAACAAGGCAAGGAUGAAUGGGGAUGUGCCAAUCGAUGGUGAGGCAGGAAUGUAUGAUGGCAAAGAUCUAGACGAGGUUCUAGCAUUGGCAGAGGCUAACUCGAACCCGCCUCUCUCUUCUCCACCAAAAUGCGGUAACAACCGAGUUUUGGCUCAGGUUCUGGGCUUCAAGUUCCGACAUUAUCAGUCACCGGAGGUUACGGAGUCGACUCCUAGACACCUCUAUUUGACGGCCGCUCUCCUUAUCCGAGAAGGAUUCAUCUCGUUGGAAGAUCUGUAUUCGCAUCUUACACCUACCGACGACGACAUGGAAGGCAAAGAACGCCAGGCUUACCUUGCAACUGUGACUUCCCGCAUCUCGGCCGCCAAGGUCAGUCAGCUUGCCAUGGCUGCUCCCCUCGAGUCUGCCUCGCAGCCAAAAAGCCGACCCUCUGCGCCGCUGCCCGAGGCCAAGAAACCUACGGCUGCUCCUGAGCCGAAGGAACCGCCUCAUCAGAAGCUUGGCUUGGUGACUGCUUUGUUCGCUGUAGGUGCGAUCCGGCCCGCUAUCGCGAUUCUCACCAAGUUCCCGUGGAUGGUCGAUGCCCAUCCUGAGAUUGCGGACCUAGUCAUACGGGUGAUGAGACACUCUUUGUCCCCUCUCUACGAGUCUCUGCUGGUGACGAAGGAUCGCAAUCCUUCUGAUAUUCAUCCUCGUGCCCGGUAUAGCACCAGCGGUGUUGUUCAGGCUCCUAGCCGGAAGCCUGCCUUGACCCUAUGGGCACCAACUCCACCCAGCACCAGUACGGUAGAUUUCGUGUAUUUUUUUCCCAGUUGGACCGAUCGGGUGCCAGUAUCUACAACUCUGGAGGAUUUGGUUAACGUCAUCGAACCGUUGAUGGCGUUUGUUGGACUUCAUGUUUCCAGAGAUCCAUUGUUCCUGACCAAAUUUUUGAGGCUUGGGCGUCUUCACCUUCAAGCGACGAUUGAAGUUGAUUCUGAAACCAAAAGGCCUGUUGGUCAGCCUGACCCAGAUCACCCGACGCGCCGAUUCUGGUUCAAGAUCCUCCGCUCAUACCUCCUCCCAGCUCUUCCUCUCAUCCGUGGCAAUGCUGUUUGUACCGUUGAAAUCUGGAACAUCAUCCGUCAAUAUGAAACAACAGCUCGGUGGCGACUUUAUGGCGAAUGGAAGACCAGGACCUAUCAGUCGCACCCUGAACUCCGCGUGCGUGCCAUCCAGGCGGAUCAUACCCUUGCCGGCACUGUGGCGAAGCUUGCUCACAGCAAUCCUUGUAUAUUCUUCGCGAAUGCUGUGAAUCAGAUCAUGGCAUACGACAACUUGGCCGGAGUUGUGAUUCAAGCUUUGAGAUAUGUGACAAAUAUGGGCUUUGACGUCCUAGUCUACAUCAUUUUGGAUGCCUUGGCCAACCCAAACAAGGACAGAGUCAAGGAUGACGGUGUCAAUACAUCUGACUGGCUGCAGAGUCUUGCUUCCUUCACUGGCAUGCUUUUCCGCCGAUACAGCGCUGAUCUCACCCCUCUCCUCAAAUACAUCGUCCACCAAUUGUACAAUGGGCAGACGAGCGAGAUUAUCGUCCUGCGGGAGUUAAUCUGGAAAAUGGCCGGUAUCGAACCUCUUCCUAGCCUCUCAGAAUCGCAGAUCGCGGCGAUGGCUGGUGGACCCACUCUUCGCAUUGAGGCUGUGGCAUCGAAGACCCGCGGCGCACGUCUGGAUCCAGGUGAUGCAGUCUUGAAAGGACCGCAGAGGCUGGGUAAGGCCUUACUGGAUUCCUCGCUCGCUCUGCCACUCCUUAUCCAGGUGGCUCAGCAGCGGCAGUCAGCGGUGUUUCGAACUCAAGACGCUCAUCUAAAGUCGCUUGCUAGUCUCUAUGACACGACCCACGGAGUGUUGUUGCAAUACUUGGAAUUGCUCACGUCGCCCGUCGUUAUCUCCCCCCAGGACUACGCUAAGAAAGUCAUUCCAAAACUUUCUGAGCUUGGUGAAACCCCUCUUGGUUCGUUUCUCGUCGUACUACUCCGCAGAUUGGUAACGCUCAAACAACCCGAGCAGGCGGCUGCACUUGCUAUGCAAGAACAAGAACAAAUUGCUAGUCAGGAGGCUGAAAAACGUCUGAAGGCCGCUCUUGCUGCGAAGCGCGAUCCCAGCACGGCAACCUCCCGUAUCGCAUCGCCCAGCAUCGGCGAGUCGGGCAUGGCUGUUGAGAUACCUUCGGAGCUGAAGACUGAAAGCAAACCAUCCGAAGAUGUUGUCAUGGAUAAUGGUACUGUUUCUACUUCUAUGUCGUCGCCAAAGCCAGAGAGCCCUUGGGUUCCCGAGAUGAAGGAGCUAUUCGACGAUGUCAAAAAAAUCGCUUCUCAAGAUGCAUACGAUCUCUCUACGUAUGAUCUCGCGCCUCCUGGAGCCAGAUACGACGAGGAGGGUGUCGCACUCCGCAGUCUCAGCCGUCAAGAAGAUGGAAAAUACAAUACUGCAGAUCGAUCGUCGGACCGGACCAAGCGUCAGAGCGCACUCGCUCAUCGUGCGCGUCGUGAUCGCUAUAACGCAUUCGUCAACACUCUCGCGCAAGAGUACAAGGAACAAACCGCGCUUCGCAUGUACACGAUUAAACGACUUGCUAAGGAAAAGUCCCACUGGUUCGCUCAUAGUACCAAAGCUAUCACACUGUCUUCUGCGGUGAUUGAGCACUGUAUUCAACCUCGCUGCCUUUUAUCCCCCAUGGAUGCCGAUUACUGUGCUCAAAUGAUCAAAUGCAUUCAUACAUUGGGGACACCGGGUUUCAGUACAUUGAUGACUUACGAUAGGCUUCUUGGAGACCAUGUCAAGGUAGUUGUGUUUUCUGCCAGUGAAUAUGAGGCGAGGAACUAUGGUAUGAUAGCUGACGACUACUCAGGCCGAUUUUUGUUAGGCAUCCUAACAGACCUCUACAAAUGGUAUCAAGAUGAACAAGCGUAUCUACAGGACAACCGUGUAAAGAUCGGUGGAAAACCUGCUUGGCUGCCAGGGUUCCAACACCCAUGGUCCAACAAAAGCACUAUCGAGCCUUCGUCCGUCUUGCCUUGGCACAAGUUCCAGCAGAUCGUCAAAAAAUGGCACCGAAAACUGUUCAGGUCAUUCGCGGACAGCAUCCAAACUGGAGAAUUUAUGCACGUUUACAACACCAUCAUCGUUUUGAAGGAAAUACAGCCUGUCUUCCCAUUGUCCACAGUUUCAGAGGUCAUGGGUAUGCACCUGAACCAGGUCAUGGAGUCCUUCUUGAGUAAAGAGGGGCGUGGUGACUUGAAAAUCCUAGGCAGAGCCUUCAAUAUCGUCUAUGGCCAUAGAUAUCAUGCAAGUCUCUUAAAACGGGAGGCUCAGUGGGCUCCGCCAAAAAGCGCCGUGAGCAAGCCAAACGCUUCUGCUCCCUCUCCCAGGACAAAUGGUUCACCGUCUCCGAUGUCCACUCCGGUGGCGGCUCCUUCAGCUGAGAAGCCUCGCGGCAUCGUAGCGCCAACUCCAUUAGCUCCCCGCGCCCAGCUCAAUACAGUCAAUGGAGCAUCUUCACUCUCGUCCACUAAAAUAGCUAUGGAUAGCAUUCCUAGGCCUGAGGUGGUCAAGCGAAUCCGCACAGAACCCAGAGCAGGGACUCCCACGCAACCGUCCGCUAACGGCAAAUCUCCCGAUAUCAAAGUACAACCGAUGGACAUUGACAUAGCCCAUGUUGAGAGCAAUGAUAAGGUACAAACGCCUGCUAACCCACAAGAUUCAUCCGCCGUUCCUACACGUCCUUAUCGAAACCUCGCUAGCAAGAUUUCAAGCCCUCUGCCCAACGCUCCUAGCCCUCGACCCGAUGCUCCUAGCCCUCGACCCGAUGCUCCUGUCUCUUCUGCGACACCUCAGAAACCCCCACCUUUAAAGGACUCUCAUCAUGCUGUCACACCCAUGUCUGUGUCUACAAAUGUCCCGAUGACCAAACAACCACCUCAAUCCCCGAGGAGCCACCGACCUCUUGAUGAGAGAUUUAUUCGCCCAGAGGUCCCUCAAAUGCUACCGCCAUCCGCUCCCAGCCAAACUGUGUCUGCGCAAGAACUGCGCGAGACUGCAAAGCAGACUGUCGGAAGACGAGGACCGCUAGAUGAGAUGUUCGAAGACAAAGGACGAGCCCCUCCGAGCGAACCACGCCAUCAGGCCAGUAGCUCUAGGGCGCCUUCGCCUGCACGUCGCAGAUCUCAGUCCCCCCCUACGCGACCUGGCACACGGAAUCCUAGUAAUGAGAGCCGCACCAGCGCUGGCCGAUCUCGCUCAGAUCGGGGAGAUGGUGAGCGUUCGGAUGAUAGACGAGGGGAUCGCGACAUCAGGCAGGAAUCCCGGUCAUCUGACCGUCGAGAUGGGGCUCUUCACCAGAGCGAACGUAGAGAACGACUAACCUCACGGGAUGCUGAGCGGGAGAGAGAUCGCGACAAAGAUCGUGGUCGAGAUAGACAUGGCGAUCGGGAGCGCGAAAGAGAGCGUGAUCGCGACAAAGUCAGAGAGCCACGAGAACGUGAUCGAGACAGAGACAGAGACAGGGGCGAGCGCGAGCGCGACAAGGAAAGAGAUCGAGAGAGAGGUGAUCGUGACCGGGAUCGUGACCGACACCGCAGGGAUGAGAAGGACCGCGACCGGGAAAGUAGAAAAGACCGGGAUGCCCUCGGUCGUGGGAUCCCUCCCUCUGCCGUAGAUGACCGCUCAAUUCCCAAUCGCCCUGAUCCGUCAAGGCAUCGUAGUGCGCAAACCGGAGAUGAGGCGCUCGGUAAGCGAAGAAGGUCCGCAGAGGAUGAGUCCGAAAGAGCCUCAAAGCGCAGCACUCGCGACAAAGGUCAUCGCGACGAGCGCACGCGUCGCUCUUCUGAGAAGGACCACGACCGACCGCGUGAGUCUGACAGAAGAAGACGGGAGCGUGAUGGACCUGAAGGCGAGAGUCGGUCUGCGCCUGGGGAUAAACCAACGGAAAAGCGGGUUCCAGAAGGACCCGCAUCCUCCAUCAAACCAUUACCCGCCUCAACGCCUUCUGCUCCGAGGGCUAUGGCAGCUGGCGAGCCUCCUUGGUUGAUUAAGCCUGAGGUCAUGAGCGGACGUGAUCGACCUAUUCGAGAGCCCCCACUCUAUCAAGCUCCGAAUGGAUCUUCUACCACUGUCACAGCUGUGGCCCCACCGUUACUGGAAUCAUCUUCGACGGCCAGCCUUCGCUCUCGCAUCGGUGAGAGGGAAAUGCCUCGCCUUCCCCAGGGGCCCAUCUCGCAUUAUCUGGAUGCUCCUCUUAUACCUGAUCGCAAUCGACCAGAUGACGAUCGAGAUGGUGCUAGGAAACGCACUUUGUCUGACCGAGAAAAAGACACCAUGGGAGACGUUGGUCUUAGUCUGGGUCAAGACGUUACACUGCAGCCGCCGAAAAGACCUCGCAUCAAUCGUACCCGAUAUGUCUCGGGUGGGUCUCAUGCCAUAGCGAAGAAAUUGCUUCCUAUAGAUCCUCAGGCUGGAGACAAGAAUCGGUCAAGCCGACAGGAUUAGCAUCUCUCAUACUUGUUUGCAUGUAGCUUACAUUUACUUGCCUCUAUUGUGUAUAUGUACCGUAACUGAUGCAUCUGCGCCAGUCCUGGAGUCAUAAAUCUGGUGCAAUUUAUUUGGACUUAAAAGAAAAGCAAGUCCAAACAUCACGGCAUGCCGAGUUGGGCAAGAGUCAGUAGAAUGAACGGCGUGUCGCCCUGCAUAAGACGCUAUCGGCUCAUUUGUACGGAAGUUCGGGCUUCGACGUGAUCUUAUGACCUCGUGAUCAGCAGAGAGCACCGAUUGAAGUCAUUGUCUAGACAGGGGAUGAAGCAUGAAUUCAUGAUGGUCGGAGGGAAGCUGCUGUAAUGGUUGGCGACGUGACGGCUGGCGGAUAGGGGCGUUGACACAAGCCGUAAGCAGGCUGGUUGUCUUCAACUGAUACUGAGGUCACUGUGCAACACGUAGUAACAUCAAAGUCGCGAAGUUGAAGUAUGAAUUCUUCUGAGUAGCAGUAAGCGGGGGCCAGUGGAAUACGGCCGUUGAUUUGGGACCUUUGCGAAGAUCACAAGCUCACGAACGCGAGAUUUUGUGACUCUGGUACACACUUGAGCUCAAUGAGGCAAUCAGCUCAUCCAUUUCACAUUUAUGAGGGUCUACGGUAUCACCGCAACAUGAGCCCCCACUUUCGUAGGAGGAAGAAUCCUGCAUGCUGUCGACAGGUACCACGAAUCGUGGAAUGAAGUACGAGUUGAAUCGAAGGGUUGCGAGUUGUAUCGCAGUUAUAUCGCAGGCCAGGCCGGUUUAGCGCCCCUUGAUGAGCGUCAGGAACUCUUCACG